CGCUAUGGCGGUGCGAACCUAGUUGGCUAGGGUUACGCGCGCGGGCGUGCCUCGACCGCGAUCGCCGACGGCCGGGGUAUUUGAUCGAUCCUCGGGUCGGAGCAGGCGGUGUUUGGGAGCGAGCGUCGGAGACCAUGGGCGGUGGGGCGUGGGAGAAGGUGGCGGCGGCGGCGGCGGCGGGGUUGAGAGGGGAGAGGGGGGAGAGGCGCAAGUACCCGAUCCGCGCGGAGGACUACGAGCUUCACGAGGAGAUCGGGCAGGGCGGCAGCGCCCUCGUCUACCGCUCGCUCUGCAGGCCCCUCAAUGAAAUCGUCGCCGUCAAGGUGCUCGACUUCGAGCGCACAAACAGCGACCUGAACAACAUCAUGCGUGAAGCACAGACGAUGAUUCUUAUAGAUCAUCCAAACGUUGUAAAUGCACACUGUUCAUUUACAAACAAGCAGACAUUAUGGGUGGUUAUGCCAUACAUGGCUGGAGGGUCUUGUCUUCACAUAAUGAAGUCAGUCUACGCAGAUGGUUUCGAAGAAGCUGUCAUUGCAACAAUACUUCGUGAAGUCCUGAAAGGUUUGGAGUACCUCCAUCAUCAUGGGCAUAUACAUCGUGAUGUAAAGGCAGGGAAUAUACUCGUUGAUUCACGGGGUGGAGUCAAGCUUGGAGAUUUUGGAGUUUCUGCUUGCCUUUUUGAUUCUGGUGACAGGCAACGGGCUAGGAAUACUUUCGUCGGAACUCCUUGCUGGAUGGCACCAGAGGUUAUGGAGCAGCUACAUGGAUACGAUUUCAAGGCAGAUAUAUGGUCGUUUGGAAUUACUGCCCUUGAACUUGCCCAUGGCCAUGCUCCUUUCUCGAAGUUCCCUCCCAUGAAGGUCUUACUUAUGACUCUUCAGAAUGCCCCUCCGGGUCUUGACUAUGAAAGAGAUAAGAAAUUUUCCAGGCAAUUCAAGCAAAUGGUUGCUAUGUGUCUGGUAAAAGACCCUUCGAAAAGGCCUACGGCAAAAAAAUUGCUGAAGCAACCCUUUUUCAAGCAAGCUCGAUCCAACGAUUUCAUUACUCGAAAGCUUUUGGAGGGCUUGCCUGGCCUUGGUGACAGAUAUCAAGCUCUGAAGGAAAAGGAUGAAGUUUUACUUGCUCAAAAGAAAAUGCCUGAUGGAAAGAAGGAAGAAAUCUCACAGGAUGAAUACAAAAGGGGUAUCAGUAGCUGGAACUUUGAUAUGGAUGACCUGAAGUCUCAAGCUUCACUGAUUACAGACUGUGACGAUACUAUAUCAUGCAAAGAUUCAGAUGCUUUAUCUUUCUAUGACUUGGACGCCAAUUUACCAGAGCGGGCAACAGGACCUCAUUUACUGAAGUAUGAUACUGACACCGAAAAUGAUUUGAUGAUCAAUGAUAAGUCAACAGUUUCAUCUCCUGAGCGCUCCAUUUGUUUAUCAAGGAAUACAUCAAUGCACAGGACAACAAAUGGCGUACAUGCAAAUGGCCAGGUCAGGAAACUCAGCUCCGCAGAAAGUAGUGAAUUGGACUUACCGGAGAAAGAUUCAGAUACUAUUCCAACACUUUCAUUUCACGAAAGGAAAUUUUCUUUCAGUUCUUGCUCAUCUGAUGGAUUUCUUUCAUCCAAAGAGAGCUCGAAGCAUCAAAUUAACAUUUAUAACCGUGACAAGUGCAAUGGAGGACCCUUGCAAGUUGCGGACGAGCCGUCCCCUGAAGGUCUUCCAAAGGUGCCAAAAUCAUCAGUAGGAAAUGCUGAGGACCACGAUGAUAGAUCGAAACCUCCUCUUAUACAGCAAAGAGGCCGUUUUAAAGUUACACCAGGUCAUGUUGAGUUGGAUAAGGGUCACCCACCAGUCCUACAAAAGUGUCACAGCAUGCAGGCAAUUUCUCACCUUCCUUCAUUAAGCAUACCAUCUUCAUUUGAGGCUGCAUCAACCAUUAUUGGUGGUUCUUUUUACAUGCAGCUGUACAAUGUUCUACAGACAAAUAUGCUUCAGAGGGAGCAAAUACUCCAUUCGAUGAAACAGUUAAGUAGUUGCGAUAUGGCAUCACCUGCCUGCAUUGCCCCUAUGGGUCGCUCAUCAUCUCCAUCAUCGGCAUUAUCAGUUGACAGAUCAUUGUUGGAAGCGGCACUGGAAAAGGAGAAAGAGCUGGUUAAUGAGAUAACUGAACUGCAAUGGCGGUUAGUGUGUUCGCAGGACGAGAUACAACGCCUGAAAGCAAAGGCAGCACAGAUCUGAUUGCUUGGAGAUAGUUGCUGUUUAAUAUAGAACAGCACAGGAGAACGAGAAGGUAUGUAUUACAAUAAAAUGGUUUCUCGAGAUGGAGUUGAAAUGGCGUUUUAGGCAUAUGUAGCAGACAAAGAAUACAAGGAAAAAAUAAUGUUGUAGGGACUGGACUUCAGUCAUUAUAUCCCAGUCCAGAAAAGGAUGUUUUUCUGUGCAAGCUAGCACCGAAUUUGUAUUGCUGUUUAUGAUACUUCACGGCGCAGACUUUUAUCGUGGUUGCCGUUAGGAAAAAAGAAAUGUUUGAUAUGCCUGUUAGCAAAACACUUACAUUUAUUCCCUUUUGGUUUCACGACGCUUUACAACAGUAGAAAACUGCCCAGCAUGUAGU